GGAAAUGAUUUAUAAGUAAGCAUGAUAUACUUUGCUAUAGUAAGUCGUAGCACUGAUGGACUGGCACUGGCCGCAAACUCUGAUAGUCCACAGAUGUCAGCCCAUCCAGGCCUGGAAGAUGCAUACAGAAAGAUGAAACUGUUGUCUCGUAUAUCGGCACGAUUUGAAGAUAGAUGUUCUCUGCCUUGUAAUUCAUAUGUUAUUCAUUUUAUCACAGCUCUGGACCUGACAUUCCUUGUAUUGUGCGAUAUAACCUACCCACAAGUUCUCGCAUUCUCAUUCCUCUCUGAUCUACAGAAAGAGUUCCUACAAUUUUUUGAUAAAACACGAGUGAUGUCUGUACAAAGACCUUAUGCUCUUAUAGACUUUGAUGUGCCUUUGCAGAAGUUAAAACAGAAGUAUAACAAUCCACGGUCACUAAGUACACGUGUAAACUUGCAAGAUUUGAGCCAAGAGUUACGUUUACGACCGCCGUAUGUUCUCUGUGAGGAAGAACUAAGACCAGGAUAUGGUCAGAAAUCUUCUACAGAUCAUUAUAAAACUACAACAGCUUCAUCAUAUACACAGUUUUUACCACUACAUUUUAUAGGAGUGAUCUCCCUUACAUUAAGUUGUUUUUGUGCCGUCCUGAACUUCUCUAGGGGAGUUCAUGUCAUGAAUGAAACACACAGUCAUAUAGAUGCAACAUUUGACCUGGAACAUUAUCAAACUGGUGCUACAUUUUUUGUUUGUUCUUUUUUAUCGUUUUAUCAGGCUUACCUGAUAUAUUGUCCAUUAAAGCGGCGGAAAUCAUUAGCGUGUGCAACAUUAGGAAGUUUGUGUAUAUGUCAGUUAUAUUUAUGGGAGCAUCGCAGUAUAUUAGGUCUGUUAUUUCAUGUAACUGUGGCAUGUUACGGCACUUUUGUUAUAAUGACCAGGCAAGUGCGAAACAAGUUACCACAAUAUACUUUAUGAUACCAGCCAAUGUGGAUUAUAGUAAUAAGUUACUACAAUAUUCUUUAUGAUACCAGCCAAUGUGGAUUAUAGUAACAAGUUACCACAAUAUAUGUUAUGAUACCAGCCAAAGUGGAUUAUAGUAAUAAGUUACCACAAUGUUCUUUAUGAUACCAGCCAAUGUGGGUUAAAGUAAUAAGGUACCACAAUAUAUGUUAUGAUACCAGCCAAUGUGAAUUAUAAUAAUAAGUUACUACAAUAUUCUUUAUGAUACCAGCCAAUGUGGGUUAAAGUUAUAAGGUACCACAAUAUAUGUUAUGAUACCAGCCAAUGUGGAUUAUAGUAAUAAGUUACUACAAUAUAUGUUAUGAUACCAGCCAAUGUGGAUUACAGUAAUAAGUUACCACAAUGUAUGUUAUGAUACCAGCCAAUGUGGAUUAUGAUAAUAAGUUACCACAAUAUACGUUAUGAUACCAGCCAAUGUGAAUUAUAAUAAUAAGUUACCACAAUGUAUGUUAUGAUACCAGCCAAUGUGGAUUAUGAUAAUAAGGUACCACAAUAUAUGUUAUGAUACCAGCCAAUGUGAAUUAUAAUAAUAAGUUACCACAGUAUAUGUUAUGAUACCAGCCAAUGUGAAUUAUAAUAAUAAGUUACCACAAUAUAUGUUAUGAUACCAGCCAAUGUGGAUUAUGAUAACAAGUUACCACAAUGUAUGUUAUGAUACCAGCCAAUGUGGAUUAUAGUAACAAGUUACCACAAUGUAUGUUAUGAUAUCAGCCAAAGUGGAUUAUAGUAAUAAGUUACCACAAUAUAUGUUAUGAUACCAGCCAAAGUGGAUUAUAAUAAUAAGUUACCACAGUGUAUGUUAUGAUACCAGCCAAUGUGGAUUAUAGUAAUAAGUUACCACAAUGUAUGUUAUGAUACCAGCCAAUGUGGAUUAUAGUAAUAAGUUACCACAAUGUAUGUUAUGAUACCAGCCAAUGUGGAUUAUAGUAAUAAGUUACCACAGUAUAUGUUAUGAUACCAGCCAAAGUGGAUUAUAGUAAUAAGUUACCACAAUGUAUGUUAUGAUACCAGCCAAUGUGGAUUAUAAUAAUAAGUUACCACAAUAUAUGUUAUGAUACCAGCCAAAGUGGAUUAUAGUAAUAAGGUACCACAAUAUACAUUAUGAUACCAGCCAAAGUGGAUUAUAGUAAUAAAGUACCACAAUAUAUGUUAUGGUACCAGCCAAUGUGGAUUAUGAUAAUAAGGUACCACAAUGUAUGUUAUGAUACCAGCCAAUGUGGAUUAUAGUAAUAAGGUACCACAAUAUAUGUUAUGGUACCAGCCAAAGUGGAUUAUAGUAAUAAGUUACCACAAUGUAUGUUAUGAUACCAGCCAUUGUGGAUUAUAAUAACAAGUUACCACAAUGUAUGUUAUGAUACCAGCCAAUGUGGAUUAUAGUAAUAAGUUACCACAAUAUAUGUUAUGAUACCAGCCAAUGUGGAUUAUAGUAAUAAGUUACCACAAUAUAUGUUAUGAUACCAGCCAAUGUGGAUUAUAGUAAUAAGUUACCACAAUGUAUGUUAUGAUAUCAGCCAAUGUGGAUUAUAGUAAUAAGUUACCACAAUGUAUGUUAUGAUACCAGCCAAUGUGGAUUAUAGUAAUAAGUUACCACAAUGUAUGUUAUGAUAUCAGCCAAUGUGGAUUAUAGUAAUAAGUUACCACAAUGUAUGUUAUGAUACCAGCCAAUGUGGAUUAUAGUAAUAAGUUACCACAAUGUAUGUUAUGAUAUCAGCCAAAGUGGAUUAUAGUAAUAAGUUACCACAAUGUAUGUUAUGAUAUCAGCCAAAGUGGAUUAUAGUAAUAAGUUACCACAAUAUACAUUAUGAUAUCAGCCAAUGUGGAUUAUAGUAAUAAGUUACCACAAUGUAUGUUAUGAUACCAGCCAAUGUGGAUUAUAGUAAUAAGUUACCACAAUGUAUGUUAUGAUACCAGCCAAUGUGGAUUAUGAUAAUAAGUAACCACAAUGUAUGUUAUGAUACCAGCCAAUGUGGAUUAUGAUAAUAAGUAACCACAAUGUAUGUUAUGAUACCAGCCAAUGUGGAUUAUAGUAAUAAGUUACCACAAUGUAUGUUAUGAUAUCAGCCAAUGUGGAUUAUAGUAAUAAGUUACCACAAUGUAUGUUAUGAUAUCAGCCAAAGUGGAUUAUAGUAAUAAGUUACCACAAUGUAUGUUAUGAUAUCAGCCAAUGUGGAUUAUAGUAAUAAGUUACCACAAUGUAUGUUAUGAUACCAGCCAAUGUGGAUUAUAGUAAUAAGUUACCACAAUGUAUGUUAUGAUAUCAGCCAAUGUGGAUUAUAGUAAUAAGUUACCACAAUGUAUGUUAUGAUAUCAGCCAAAGUGGAUUAUAAUAAUAAGUUACAUGUACCUUAUGUUACAAGCCAAAGUGAAUUAACAGCUAUGAUGUUGAAGGAAACAAUGGCUAAAUGUAAUAUAUUUAAUAUUAAGAACCAAUAUGAAAAUGGACGUAAAUAUUUAUAUUAUGCUAACAAGUGAGAAACUGCGUUUUAUCUUUGUGAAAAAAUUGUUAAUCCAUAUCUACCACAGUGAGAAAAUAUCCACAUUUUAAGAUAUUGCAAUUUUCUUAUAUAGCAUAUUCAAAAAAAAUAAAAAAAUAUCCUCUAUAUACCUACAAUGAAAUUGGAAAAUAUUGGUUGAUGGACCAAUAUAAAAAUGGACAAUUUUAAUAUUUUUAAAUUCUGUUAUAUGUAAGUUUAAGUUUCAGUUUUAAAAACUGUUGUAUUAAUCUAAGUAUGUUUUAGUUGAAUAAGCCUGAAAAUAGAUAAAAAAAUCAGAGAAUAUGUAAAAUGUUUAACAUUGUAAGAUGCUUGUGAAUGUUUACUAUACUUGACAAAGUCAUGACAACUUUAAUAUUAUACACAUGUAUACAUGCAUGUUGUUCAACUUCAUUAUUUAUAAUGAUUUUUUAAUGAAUUUAUGGUGUUAGUUUUCUUUAUUUUAUUAUGAGCCAAAAUUUACUAUUUUAUCAUUAUUGUCCAUUAUUGUUUUUACCUUCAGAUCAUAAGAUAUACUGCAUGUAGUUCCAGACUUUGUAAAUUUGGUUAUAUUUGAACAUAUAUACAUGUACAUGUAUAUCAAAAUCUGUUGCCUGGGUAACCAUUAUUAAUUCGUAAUGAACAUUUUAAUAACUGUUCUUAUUGUUACUUACUUACAAUGAUACAUGAACUAGAAUGAUGUUUUACUUUUGUUAAAAGACAUUUCCAUUAGUUUAUUUUUACAUUUUUACAAACGUGAACAGGGAAAAUUUAAUCUUGUGACCAACAUUGCCCUUUAAACUUUGCAUGAUAAAUAAAAACUGUAAUUGAAAUAUAUUAAUUAAUAUAUUAAGAGGUCACCUAGUUUUUUACUUCCUGAGUUUUUUUGUUGCUAUUUUAGGGUAAUCUUGUUAUUUACUAUAUUUACUUUAAUAAAAAUUUACUAAGGUGACAAAGUGUAAGAUAAUAAGGAUGCAUUAAGUUAAUAUACUAAAGUAUUAUUAAUGGUGGAGUUAUUUUACUAUUAUUAUUCUAGUAAUACAUUAACUUAAAACAAUGCAACAUUGAUAUUUAGCUGCCAUUGACAAGAAUUAUCUUACUAAUUUUGAGUUGUAUAAUAGUGUGAUAGGUUUCUGUAUCUAGUCAUUUUUGUUCAUAACAUUCCUUAAAGGAAAAGUUUGUAACCCUAACCCAUUUCAUGUGAAACUUAUUUUGAACAUUUCUCACAGAAUUAAAUAAACUUUCAUAUUGA